CAAAUCUCUAUUUGCUACUCGUUCCAGAAUCCCGCGCGUCCCCGUUGUAUCAGACUCGCGUUCGAUGUUUCCCGUCGGAAAAUUGUUGAUUUUUAUAAGUACGUGUCCGAGUGUUUAUAUCGCGUUAUCGUAAAUGGAAACCCGCAGGAAAAACUGCAAAUUUGUGUCGGUAGGAUUCCGUUUAUUCCCGUUCUUUUUUAUAACCCGCGUUUACCAGUGCUAAAGACCAUAAUAUUGUGCCCGUAUAAAGGGGGGACGUGUUAAAAUGUCAUAUUUCGGUUUCACGAACUACGUCAGCCCUCCAAAGAGCCCGGUAGAGGGUAGGAAAUCGCCAAUAAGGUCGCCCAUCAUCCCGUUCAAGACGAGCCCCAGCCAAUUGAACGAGGUCUCGACAUGUCCAGACUUCACGUUUUCAAAUUCUCUGAUGAGAUCCCCGGAUGGGCCCAUGAGGGGCAGGUCGGUGAAGGAGUUCGAAGAACAGCUGGCGGCCCUGAAAAAGGAGAACUUCAAUUUGAAAAUCCGUAUCUAUUUUUUGGAGGAACGCAUGGGCGCCAACUUCAACCUGGACAAGGAGAAUAUACUCAAGAAGAAUGUUGAAUUGAUGGUCGAGAUCGAAAGUCUGAAGAAAGAGCUGCAAGAGAAACAUGACCUCCUCUGUCAGGCGGUCAAAGCGAUGGACUUGGAAGAGGACGAGUUCAAGAAGAACGCUCAUGCCAAAAACGAAGAGAUCAUGGCCCUCAAGCAAGAAGUCGAAGAGCUCAAGCAGCAAGUCCAAGAUGGAAAGUACGAGAACGACAACGAUUCUUCGCAUAAAAGUUACCACUCCGAACCUCUAUUCUUUUCGUCCAAAAUUGGUUCGAUGUCCGAUUCUAGCAGCAAGGUGAGGAUGCUGCAGGAGAGGAUAGCUAUAUUGGAAAAUGAGCUGGUGCAGGAAAAAGAAAACAGCGCAUCGCUACAGAUGAUAGUAGACCAAGCAGAUUUAAUAAACACCAAGUACGAGGUAUUGCAAGAAGAAUCGACAAAGAAAGACGAGACCAUAAACGGACUGAGGAAGGAAUUGAGCGCCGCUACAGAUUCCCUCGGCAAGCUAUCCGCGCAACUGAAAGAACUGGAAAAAUCCAGGGACGACUUCAGGAUGGAAACCCAGAAACUGUCCAGACUCCUGUUGGAGAAAUCCAAGGCGGCCGAGGAAUCGGAAGAACACAUCGCGGAAAUGAAGAGGAAAUACGCAGGCCUCAAGGUCGAAUACGAGAGGGAGAGGCAGAAAUACGAUAGGACGAAGUUCGUGAGCGACAUGAGGGUUACGGAGCUGGAGGAGGACCUGGAGAAGCAGAGGACGCGCGUGCAGGACCUCCAAAAGAAACUGGCCGCGACCGGUCAGGAACUGAAAGAGAACCAAAACCUCCUGGUGCCGAAAAGCCGAAACGGCAGGUCGAUAGCGACAAAUACUGACUGUGAUAAUGUUUCAGUUCCGAACACAGCAACAUCUCCAGGAGUACCGCAAGAGAAUGCACUACGCAAUGCACUAGAUUCCAGGUCGCCUUCAAAAUCACCAGUUGCAACCAAAACAUUCGACUUCGACCUCAUCUACAAGAUAUUGACACCACUCACAUUCAAGACCAAACCACAGUUACUUAAGCAGUUAGAAGAGCUGAAGAACACGCUAUCCGCGUCCGAACAGAAGAUCGUUCGGCUGAAGGCCCAAGAACUCAAGGCCUGCGCCCUCCUGAAGAACCUGAUGCAAUAUCAUAAAACGGCCGAGGAACAGAAUCAAAUACACAAGGAGAGGAUAAUGAAGCUCGAGAAGGAACUUGAAGGGGUCGUUUCCAAGCCGGAAGGAGCUCAGUCCAACAUCAGAACACAAGAGAAAGUGGAUUGUUCCAAGGAAGAAAAAGAGUACCAGGCAUUGAUCCAAGAGUUGGAGAACAAAUUACAGAUACUGGAGUUGACUUUGAAGGAGAAAGAUAUCCACAUCCAAUAUAUCGAAGCUCGCAAUCUGGAAUUACAGAAUAACAUACAGGCCAAAGAGAAAGAUCUGAUUGAUUUGGAGAGCAGUAUGUCAUCACAAACGCCGGGAACUGAGAAGUCGAAGGAAAUAUCGGAAAAUACUUAUUCAAAAUUAUUCGAAGAGAAGAACAAAGAAAUCGAGAAGUUGAAUGAAGAACUUAGAAAGAGGACUCAUGAUUUACAGUCUGUGGUCAACCAGGAAUUAUGGCAAAAAAAUAGGGAAAUUGAGAAAUUACAAACGAAAUUUACCCAGCUGUUGGAGAACAAGGAGAAGGAAAUGAUUGAGCUCAAGGAAAGUUUUUCGACCUUGUCAACCAACUUGAACGAGUUGAGGAAUGAGAACGAAGAGAAACAUAUCGAAAAUACAAACUUGAAAAUUGACAUAUCUGAUUUGAAACUCCAAUUGCAGUUAUUGAGGGAGAAGAUUGGGGAAAUAGGAUUAAUUUCGGACGAUAGACUGGAAGUUGAGAUUAUAAUCUCCAGUUUGGAUGAAAUGAAGAACAUUCAGAAGCAACUCGAAGAGGUGAAGCUUGAGAAGGAAACUCUAACACAGAGAAUCAACGAAUUGGAAGGUACCGUUCAGAUAUAUGAAGGAUCUACUCAUCUACUACCACGAGAAGCUGAAAUUGAAAAAUUGAGGAAAAAUCUGAAAACAAGUGAAGAUUUGAGGAUGCAAACCACCGAAGUUUGUCAUAUUUUGAGGACGCAGCUGGAAGAAUUGGCGGUAUUCUUGGACUCGCUGAUGAAGCAAAAAUCUGUACUAGGAUUUUUAGGAUCUUCCCAGAAUAGAAAACUGAGAGAGGCUGUGGAGCAUAGCCUGGAUCUGUCGAAAUCGUUGAACAUCAGUUUGUCCAUGAAUCCAGAACAGAGUCUGAUGCAGCUCUCCAACAUAACCGCCCUGUUGAAUUGUUCCGAUAUAUCCAACAGAACCGAUAGCAAUCGCUAUUCCUUCAGUAUAAUGCCGGACCAAGCUACCCUCACCUAUCAAAGUCAUUUAUUCAGGGUCGAAGACGACAAUCAAGACCAACAAAAAUCUUUCACUGUGAAAAGCCUGGAAGAUCAAAUCCAGAUGCUUCAACGCGAACUGAACAUGAAGAACAUAGAGUUGAACCGUUACAGACGCGAAUCCAGAAACGGCAAGGAGUUGAGGCUGUCUCACAGUAAGCCAAGAAUAUCGCCGAGCAAGCUGAAAAAUUCCAUAACGCUCAGGAGCGAGCAACACGAUUCGGAAUCUGAGGCAUGGUCGGAACCAGAUGUUAACGUUUCAAAGGCAAGAAUUGGGUUGUUCAAGGAAGAUAAGAUUGCUGGAAUUCAUGAAAUCCAUUCCAGUGAUUCCACGGACGAGAGUCUGACUCAGUUGGACUAUAAACGUGCAGACAUUUUAAACGAGUGUCAGGUCACUAUAACUAAAUUGAGUAAACAAGUUCAGGAUCUGCAGGCCAAACUUCAGGAGAAAGAAAGUAAUUAUAUCGAGCUGCAGGAGGCAAACGAUGCGACCAACACGCUCAAAGAAGAAAAUGAAUUCCUUCAGGUCAAAGCGGGAGAACUGGAAAACGAGCUCAAAACGGCCAAAUCUGAAUUGGAACGUGUAAACGAAAGGAAGCUUGAAAUCGAGGAAAAACUAGAUUCUCUCACACUUCAAAUCCAUCAGUUAGAAAAGUCCGAAAAAGAACUGGUAGAUUCCCAUAACGUCAAAAAUAAGGAGCUUUGCGACAAGAUAAAUAAGAUGGAAGUUGAGAGGGACCAGUUGGUGAACAUGGCGACCGAAUAUGCCAAUAUGACUGAAACGUCCAGACAAGAAAUCAUCCAACUGGAGAACAAAUUGACGAAACUCUCAAUAGAGAAGGAAAAUUUGGAAGUCAACCUGAAGAAAGAAUACGAUGAUAAUUUGAUGAGAGAAGUUAAAAAUGUGGAAAAACACUUGACCGACAAGAUUCGGGAAACCGAGUUAAAGGCCGUCGAACAAAUUAAUGAGAUGACUAAAAAGAUUUCAGAAUUAACUGAAAAUUACACAACGAAUUACGUGAGGAAGUCGGAAAUCGUGGAGAAAAUCAACGAAAUUGAAGCCUUGAAUUUGGAAUUGAACGUAUUGAGGGAAGCAUUGGAAGACUCUAAAAAAUCGGCGAAGCUUAGUGAACUGGUCGAAAAAAGUAUGAAAGAAGAGAUUAAUGGUUUGCAGGCGAAAGUCAAUCGGGUUGAAGCUCAAUUUGCUGAAGCUGUUAAAGAAAAAGAUAGAUUGAAAAAAGAGUUGGUAGAUGAGUGUAGAAAGAGGGCAGAACUCGAAAGAAAGUACGCUGAGAUAGAAAAAGAAAUGUUGUCGUUGAGAGACUCUUAUGACAAAGAUGUAACUAUGUUGCACGGCUACAGGUCGAAGCUAGAGCUGAAAGUGAGCGAAUUAGAGUUCAGCAAUGCAGAUCUACACAACAGAUUGGCGAAACUUCAGUCAGAAUUGAACGAGCAAUGUCGUUCUGUCUCACCGCCAGUUGUUGACGUCAACAGAUCAGUACCGAUCAAUCAAGUUCCUCCCUACAGUCGACAAAUUUCGAACAAUUCUCAGAGUUACGUUUCUGAGGAUGAGGUUAAGGCCAGGGGCGUUUUCUCCAUUGUUGUUCCUCAGAAAUCCUUCGAUUCAGAGAGAAUAGAAUCGAAUGCUUCCCCGGAUUUGGGAAUCGAGAGCGAUCAGGGGAGGUUUUCGAGCCUUGAGGUGGUACAAGGUCAAGUUUCAAGGCCAUUACAGCAAACCCUCGAGAUAGCAGAAUCCAUGAACAAUUUAUUGGAUGGAGAUAAUAAUUCCUUACAAGGGUCAACAUGUGAUAACAAAUCCUGCCAUCAGAAAUCGUUAGAAUUGUUCCAGGAGAACAACAAUUUGAAGAAAAAAUUAUUGAAGACACGGAAGGCCCUUGAGGAUACAGUGACACAGCUUACGCUAGCUAACCAACGUAAAAAAUUGGUUGAAAAAAAUAUUUGCCGACAAAUACAUAAGACAAGUCAAGUUUUACGCGAAGCUAAAGCCAAUCUUGACUCGGGUUCUGAGACUGACUUUCAUAAAAAAUAAAUAUGUGUAUUUUUGUUUGAUACUGUUGUUUUUAGGUCAUAUUUUUGGAAUGUGAUAUUUCCUAAUUUUAAUCGCCUACUUAAAUUUUAGUAUAGUUUAACUCAUUCUGAUAGAUUUAUGAUAGGAGAUGGAAGGUAUUAUUUUCGGAACUAUUGUGAUACAGAAUGAAGAUAAUGUACAUUUUUCAGAGUAUGUAUAUAAAGAAAGUUGAAAUAGAUUUUUUUGAUUUUUUUA